UUGAGUAUUUAUCCCUUCCUUGAAACAACUUGUACAGUGACAGAAGUAUUUUAUGGAAAAUCAGUGUCGCCUGUGUAUUGGCGAAAGAACGAUGAAAAUGCAAACAAAAAUAAUUCUCGCCGGGUGUUUUGCGAUCAUAAUGUUUAACAAUUUUGGUACAGGUGUCAAAGUUUCGUCAAAGAUCGAUUUCGAUUCUAAUGAAAAUGAAGAGACAUUAGCCAACCCCACCUUGAGCACGACUAUAAAUCCAAGAAAAUCUAUUAGUCCACCGGAAUCAAUUUUGCGUGCACCUAAAUCAUCGACAUUCAUCUGGGAUCAUGGAAGCGAGCUCGUAAAAGCAAGUGAACCGAGAAAAAGAAGGAUCUAUCCAUCGUGCGAUGAUUCGGCAAAACAACAAAAAAUAAUCAAUAAUAUUGAAGUCGUUGUGAACAGUAACGAUAGCAUACCAAACGGAGAUUCUUGCGAACAUGGUAUAUGUAAUGUAUCCGUUUCUUCGAAAUCGGAUGAAAAUGGAAAUAUCAUCACCGAGGUGCAUCUCAGCAUUAUCACGAAAGCAAAACCGAACAUUAAGAUCGAUGAUGUCCCGGUAAUCAAUGGUUUUCGAGGUAUUAAUGAGGAUAAGCAACCUGUUUUUCAUUCAAUAAAUUCGCCACGUUCAAUGCAUAUGCAUUUUCAUCGCAACAAUAUUCCACAGAUUCAAACUACUUAUCAAGGAUAUGGUGAGCCUUGGUAUGGACGGACAUUUCGACGGCCACAAAUAUAUUGGAAUUAUCAUUUUGGAGAUCACGGUAACGUGGGAUUUCGGGAUCAUAAAACAUGGCCGCGAGAUAAACCUAUAGUCGAUGAUAAGAUUGAACCACCGCUUAGUAAGACCAAACCCAGCGACGAUACAACAUUAUAAAAUUAUUUAUUAAAUUGUAAAGUUUUUGUGAUGUAAAUAUUGCUAUACAAAAUAAUAUUGGAUCGUGUUAUUAAGAACAAUUUAAUUGUCACGUAAUAAAAUUAAAAAAUCAUUGUAAAAGCGUCAAGAGUUUAAUUUAUGCAUUACAUAAUAGAUACAACAAUAUGAAUAUAUUAAAGCAAGUAAUUAAAUGCAGAAUAGUCGUCAAGAGAGUGUUAUAUGCAUUCGAUAUUACUCAAAUAGAAUAUAACACUAACGCAAGAAAGCUUAUUGAGAUUUUUAAAUAUGUAUCACAAGCGAUUCUUGCUCGCGAACGGAUA